AUGUCCCUCAAUCUUUUGGCCCACGCCAAAUCAAAAUUCAAAUCCUUCCUGAAUUUGUACAAAACUCCUAUCAUCAAGGAUGAGACCAAGUUUUUGGUGGCGCAGCGUGGAGUAUCAAGGAAGGUGGACGAGGAGGAACAGUUACAUUGCUCGAUAAUUUCAACCAACAAUAAAUUUUCUAAACUCGAAAAACAUUUGAAAUAUCCAAUCCCCCAGGGCAAGGAUUAUCACGAUCCUUUAUCUAUUUGCAAUGGUUUGUUGCUGCUUUCGUUACCAGGAUCAUAUGAUUACGAUAAAAGGGAAAUGAUAAAGCCUCCAGGGGAGGCUUUGUGGAACCCGACUACAGGGGAAUACAGAGUCCUUCCUCUUCCUCUCUCAAACUUCGACCCCAGCCCCUGGUGUAUGAAUAUGUUCCACGGUUAUUUUGGUUUUGGGUUUGAUUCGGCUUCUGAGGAUUACAAGGUGAUAAGAUUGUUCAACCAGAGUGAUGGCAAAACUGAAGAAGUGUGGAAUGAGCACACCAUGAAGACUUUAAGUAUUUUGGAAAUUUGGGUUUGGGAUGGCUCAUGGUCCCUGGAGUCCAACCUCACCAUCCCUACUGAUGUGGAUUUACAGAGCGUUGUUGGGACUGAUGAAGAAAUAAUUUUUUUGGACUCGUUUGGUAAAAUGAGGUUUUUUGAUUGUGAGACGAGCAAGUUGAAGAAGAUACACAGAUCAUAUGAUUACUAUAAAAGGGAAAUGACAAAGCCUCCAGGGGUGGCUUUGUGGAACCCGACUACAGGGGAAUACAAAAUCCUUCCUCUUCCUCUUUCAAACAUCGACCCCAGCCCCUGGUGUAGGACUAUGUUCGGCGGUUAUUUUGGUUUCGGGUUUGAUUCGGCUUCUGAGGAUUACAAGGUGAUAAGAUUGUUCAACCAGAGUGAUGACAGAACUGCAGCAGUGUUGGCCGAAGUUUAUUCGCUCAGAAGUAAUUCAUGGAAACAAGUCAGUGUCGUUCAUCCUUUAUGUUUUCCUCAUGGCUCUGGUGUUUAUGGUGUUCACGUAAACGGCACUUAUUACUGGUUAAAUCUCUCGGAUCCCGGGUUUAUCGUGUCUUUCGACUUUGCUACUGAGAAGUUUGCUUCCUCUCUUAUUCCUACGCCCCCGAGUAACAAUCUCAUUAGAGAAGAUGCAUAUGAAUAUUAUUAUGCUAAUUUGAAGCUCGUGGAAUAUUGUGGGUUGCUCGGUGCUGUGGUUAUGUGGAAUGAGGGCAACGGAAAGAUUUCAUGUUGUUUGGAAAUUUGGGUUUGGGAUGGCUCAUGGUCCUUGGAGUCCACGCUCACCGUCCCUUCUUAUGUGGGUUUACAGAGCCUCGUUGGGACUGAUGAAGAAUUAAUUUUUCUGGACUCGUUUGGUAAAACGAGGUUUUUUGAUUGUGAGACGAGCAAGUUGAAGAAGAUACACAGUUUGCCUACUUCUGAGGAGGCCCACAUUUUUCCUUUGGUCGAGAGCUAUGUUCCGCUCUGA